AAAACCCUAGCUUCAAACUUAGAUAUAUUCAUGUUUCUCUACAUGUGUGUAUAUCUAUAUAUAUACACAAAUACUUAUAGAGCAUGUGAGACAGUAAAAUUCACUAGUGAAAUAUGGAUGUGAAGAUAGAUGAGAACAGUUCCUUAGAAAACAUGAAACAAGAGAUCAAUCAGAAUAUAAAAGAAGAAGCAGAAGAAGAAAAAGAAGAGAUUCUAAAGAAGAGAAUCUCAAGCCACCCUCUGUAUGGGCUUCUUCUUCACUCACAUCUCAAUUGUUUAAAGGUGUGUUCCGGCGACUUUGACUCACCGGAGAUCAUGAACACGGCUGAUGAUCUUGCCAUAUCCAAACUCUCUCUUCACCCUGAUUCUUCCUCCGAAGCUACCUCUUCAGAACUUGAUCAAUUCAUGGAAGCGUAUUGCUCGACUCUACGAGAGCUCAAGCAAGCAAUGGAGAAGCCACUAAUUGAAACGCACCGUUUUGUGGAUGCCGUGUACACUCAGCUAAACGACAUCGUUAUGUCAUCAUCCCCUUAAAAAGGGUAACAUGAACAACUGUUCGGUGCUACUAUGUCAAUGCAUUUUGCCAAAAUUACUUUACUAGUGUACUCACGUUUCAUUGUGCUGCGUUUACGUAACGCGUUUCUAUAAUGGUAACCGUAAUUUAUGGCAUCUCCUGCUUUUUAUUUAAGAAAAAUAAAACUACUUAUAUUUUUAAA